CCCGGUUGAAGGUCGACUGAAGAAAGUUCUUGUUGGUACAACGUCUCUUCCGUAGUGGAUGUAUCCAUAACGGAUGAAACCGCGGAAGCUGAUGGUGUGCCCGUUUGGAUCGACCCCGGCCUGCUCUUGCGUGUACCUUACCUCCAUCUCCGUCGGGCCGCUCGUCUUCAUUGUCCACGGCCUCUGCUGCCCGCAAUCAUCCAUAUCCCAACCGUCGCGAUUAUGCAGACCGGUUUGCUGGAAUGCUUGAUCCAUUACACACCUGGCUUCUGCCGCGUGUAUAUAUCCCCAAUGCCCGGCGCGUUUCUUCCUUUCCCGCUCCUUCUCUCGGCAUGUCCAGCCACCCGAUGGUCAAGCGACGCAACGUUCACUGUCGCCUGUCAAGUGGAACGUGAGCACAAUGACAGGCGACUGCGGAGACUCGUGCCCCUACCCGGGGGGCUUUACCUCCUACUCGCCUUCGGUAAUUGGUAGUGCCAUCUUUUUGGUAGCCUUUGCGCUGCUCGUGCCUCUGGCCUUGUACCAAGGCUUUCGUUUCAAGACGCCCUUAUUCGCGUCGACUCUGGCGACCGGUCUUCUUCUCGAGGUCUUGGGCUUCGCUGGAAGAUUGAGGCUCCGAAAUGAUACCGCCAGCGGGACUUCAUUCUCCCUUUGGCUCAUCGGCGCCAUCUUGGGCCCUACUCUCAUCGCAGCGGCCAUAUGCCAAAUCCUUCCCCAUGUCAUCGCCCUCUACGGUCUCGGCAUUGGCUUUACCCGGCCAAGAGUCGCUGUCUUGUUCCUCAUCUUCGCUCUUGCUCUCGUCAUUGCAUUGGAAAUUUCCGGGGUUGUCUCAGCUGUCUUUGGGCUCGGAGGUGUACAGACACCGUCGAUUCUUCUUGCCGGCUUAGGCGUCCAGACUUUGGCGUUGCUGCUCUUCGUCGGACUGUUCCUCUGGUUCACUCAGAAGCUUCCUGACCCGAAACAUAUUGCCGUGUAUCAAGCACCGCGUUUUAAGAACUUUGUCAAGAUGAUACCAGCAGUCGCUGUCGUCUUGGUGGGGCACACCAUCUACCGCCUCGUUGAGUUCUGGGACGGACUCAAUAGCCCUCUUCAGCGGUCGGAAACCGCGUCACUGGUCAUCGGAGGUGCUCUGCCAUUCCUCGUCGCCUCAGUCUUAUGCGUAUACCAUCCUGGUGCAUCUUUCGGUCGGGCGUGGGGCCUGACAUCGCCGCGAUAUCGAUCUUUAUCUCUGAGGUCGCGCCGCGGUGCUCCAUCGCCUCUGCAGUCGCCAACUGCACCUUGGGACGACCACAAAGGACCCCGUCAGCCGGGAUUUACUGCCACCCGGUUCCCAGACAAGAAGAUGUCGCCCGUCGGAGUUGGCCCAGUUCCCUUGAGAGAGUCAACAAUGGCAAGCAAGGUUGCCGGUAGUCCCGGCAAUAGAUCGGUCACCUACCCAAGCCCCAUUGCUUCGACACACAAGUUGAGUCCCAUCGGCUCACAACACAAAAUGAGCCCAACCUUCCAGGGCACUCAACAGCCGACGAAUCCCAAUCGCUACAGUAACACCAAGCCCAACGCAAAGCCGAUGGUAAAUAGUGAAGAGCUGUGGUAGCGAGAAGUUGGCAAAGAAUGGCUCUCGAUUCGUGCAAUGGUAUAUCCUCUUUCAUGCGGUAGCGUGGCGUUUGAUAUUUUCGGUGGCUGAGAAUGCUGCGGCCUUUUGUCUUUUUUGUUACCAGGAUACCAUUCUCCUGUAUAUACCUUGGGCGGCUAGAGUUGAUCUCGAUAUUUAUAUUUACCCAUAGCCUCUGCAGUUCGAGAUGUAGACUGCUUGAGGUUACAAAGUAAAAGCCCCCGUUGCUUUCCUCCAGAAGAAGUAUGCUAAGCCAAAAGCUGCGCCUCCGAGGUGUCCGGCAUGUCCCACUCCUGUGUCUCGCUCGGUACUCAGACAAUAGGCGUCCACGGCAAACAUUCCCAAGACAACAAGGCGCAAGGGUAGAACCUGGUUUGUCCCGGAAAGGCGGACCUUCAUCGUGGGAAACAUUAACGCCAGAGCUGUGCCGAGACCAGUCAAGGCUCCGCUUGCUCCAACAGCCGUCCUUUCGGCAUUGUUAUUUGCUCCCCGUCUUCUCCUGGCAUUGAAAAUGUGGCAAAGGCAAGCGGUGAUUGCACUCCCGAGGGACAGUACAAUGAAUCGUAGCGGCGAUACACUGAGUAAAUAAAACGACUCGACAUAAGUUUUGUAUGUUGACAUGUUGACGAAGAGGUGUAAAGGCUGGAUGUGACUAAAGGCCGAGGUAAAGAAGGUGAGGAGUCGGGGGUUACUUGAGCUGAGCAUGAAGUAUUUGUGAAGAAAUGCUGAAAGACGCCUGCGGUCUAUCGGGAGCGAAGAGAAAAUUGGAUGGAGCGCGGCUAACCAGGCGAGAUGGAUGGCGAUAUUGCUCACGGUAACUCCGUAGAAGAGGGCAGUCCAGAGCGGUCCAAUAUUGCCGGGUGCGAAUCUUGCGGGAUAUCCAAAUACUGAGAGUGAUGCCAUAUUGAUACUUUCUCCUAUGAAGACCAGUGGGUACUGGAAAGAAGAGGCGACGCUUAGACGCGGAAACCGUGAAGUGGCGCCGUUGGGUAUGAACAAGAGGAGACCCAAUGUCUUGGAUUAGCUCUCAGAGGUUUUUUGGUUUUGUACGAGCUGGACUGGUCUUGAUAUCUCAAAUACGAACUUCAAUCUCGAGUUUCGUAUGAAGGCGAUUGGGGAGAAAGUAUGUGUAGAUUGCACAGAGUCUAGAUGGUGUGACGUUGUCGCUCUCUGUCGAGGUAGAUU